AUGAGCCAGAGAUUCACCGUCUGCAAGAGCGACGGCAACCGGCGCCCCUCGGACAUCCAGGGGGAGGUGAACCAGCUGUUUGAAGGGGACGAGCCCCCGAGCGGCAGCGGUGCGGAGGGGGAUGAUGAUGCUGCCGGUGCCGAGGUGGUGGUGGUGGUGCUGAAAGGUGACGGUAAUCCCAAGGAGAGCAGCCCCUUCAUCAACAGCAGUGAUGCUGCCGCGGAGAAGAGCCAGCAGUACGAUGGCAAGAACAUGGCCCUGUUUGAGGAGGAGAUGGACACCAGCCCCAUGGUGUCGUCUCUUCUCAGCAGCCUGGCCAACUACUCCAACCUGCCCCAAGGCAGCAAGGAGCACGAGGAGGCCGAGAACAACGAGGCCGAGUCAUCGCGCAAGAAACCCGUCAAGGCCCCCCAGCUCGGCACUCUGAUGGGUGUCUACCUGCCGUGCAUCCAGAACAUCUUCGGCGUGAUCCUCUUCCUCAGGAUGACCUGGUUGGUGGGAAUCGGAGGCGUCGUCGGGUGCUUCGUCAUCGUCUUCAUGUGCUGUACCACAACCAUGCUGACUGCCAUCUCGAUGAGUGCCAUCGCUACCAAUGGAGUAGUGCCAGCGGGAGGCUCCUACUACAUGAUAUCCCGUUCGCUGGGCCCUGAGUUUGGUGGAGCGGUGGGGAUCUGUUUCUAUCUGGGGACCACCUUCGCUGGAGCCAUGUACAUCCUGGGGGCCAUUGAGCUCCUCCUGAUCUACAUAUGUCCCAAGGCGGCCAUCUUUCCCCUAGAGGGCCUGGAGGGCGCCGAAGCAGAGGCCGCCCUGCUGAACAACAUGCGCGUGUACGGGACCCUCCUUUUGACCUCCAUGGCCACCGUGGUGUUUGUCGGCGUGAAGUAUGUCAACAAGCUGGCCCUGGUGUUUCUGGCCUGCGUCAUUCUCUCCAUCCUGGCCGUCUACGCCGGCGUCAUCAUCACCGGCGUCGAUGCUCCGGAUUUCCCUGUGUGUCUCUUGGGUAACCGCACUUUGAUUUCGAAGAACUUCGACGUGUGCGCCAAGACCAUCGAGUCGGCUAACGGGACCGUCACCACCCAGCUGUGGCGCAUGUUCUGCGACACACCUUUCCUCAACGCUACCUGCGAUAAGUACUUCACAUCCAACAACGUGACCCAGAUACAGGGCAUCCCGGGGAUCACCAGUGGAAUCCUAGCAGAGAACCUGUUUGGGACCUACUAUGAGAAAGGGGAUCUGAUUGCCAGAACUAAGAUGGAGACGGUGGAGGACCCGGACGACCCUCUGACCAACGCAAACCGCUAUGUGUUGGCCGACAUCGCCAGCUUCUUUACGUUGCUGGUCGGCAUCUACUUCCCUUCUGUGACAGGGAUCAUGGCUGGCUCCAACCGCUCUGGAGAUCUGCGUGACGCCCAGAAGUCCAUCCCCAUUGGAACCAUUGCAGCCAUCACCACCACCUCCUUUGUCUAUAUGUCCAGUGUGAUUCUGUUCGGUGCCUGCAUUGAGGGCGUGGUCCUCAGGGACAAGUUUGGAGAGGGAGUCCACGGCAAUUUGGUGAUUGGCACGUUAGCUUGGCCGUCACCAUGGGUGAUCGUGAUCGGCUCCUUCUUCUCCACCUGCGGGGCGGGGCUGCAGAGUCUGACGGGAGCUCCUCGUCUCAUGCAGGCCAUCGCCAAGGACGGCAUCGUGCCCGCCCUCCGGAUCUUCGGCCAUGCAAAGGCCAACGGAGAACCCACGUGGUCCCUCCUGCUGACGGCUUGUAUCUGUGAGAUCGGCAUCCUCAUCGCUUCCCUGGAUGCAGUGGCUCCCAUCCUCUCCAUGUUUUUCCUGAUGUGCUACAUGUUUGUGAACUUGGCCUGUGCUCUGCAGACGCUGCUGAGGACUCCAAACUGGAGACCCCGCUUCAAGUUCUACCACUGGGCUCUGUCCUUUUUGGGGAUGAGCUUGUGUCUCACUCUCAUGUUCAUCUGCUCCUGGUACUACGCCAUCGUCGCCAUGGUAAUUGCCGGCUCCAUCUACAAGUAUAUCGAGUUCGCAGGUGCGGAGAAAGAGUGGGGAGAUGGGAUACGAGGCCUGUCUCUGAGCGCUGCACGUUACGCUCUCAUGCGGCUGGAAGAAGGUCCGCCGCACACCAAGAACUGGAGGCCCCAGUUGUUGACGCUAGUUAGUACAGACGCCGAGCAAAACGUGGAGCAGCCUCGCCUGCUCUCUCUGACCAACCAGCUGAAGGCGGGCAAAGGUCUGACCAUUGUUGGAACCGCCCUGGAGGGAACCUUCCUGGUGAACCACGAACAGAGCCAGCGUGCAGAGCAGGCGCUGCGUAAACUGAUGGAGACGGAGAAGGUGAAGGGCUUCUGUCAAGUGACCGUGUCCUCGAACCUGCGCGACGCUACGUCCCACCUCCUCCAGGCCAGUGGGCUGGGAGGCCUGAAACAUAACGCCGUGCUGGUGUCCUGGCCACGUAACUGGAGGCAGGGAGACGAGCACCAGACCUGGAGGAACUUUGUCGAGUUGGUCAGAGAAACCACCGCCGCGGACCUGGCUCUGCUCGUCCCGAAGAACAUCGCCGCCUUCCCGUCCAACGGAGAGCGCUUCACCGAGGGUCACAUUGACGUCUGGUGGAUCGUCCACGAUGGAGGCAUGCUGAUGCUGCUGCCCUUCCUUCUCCGACAGCACAAGGUUUGGAGGAAGUGCAAGAUGCGCAUCUUCACUGUGGCCCAGUUGGACGACAACAGCAUCCAGAUGAAAAAAGACCUGACCACAUUCCUCUAUCAUCUCCGUAUUGACGCCAUGGUGGAAGUUGUAGAAAUGCAUGACAGCGACAUCUCAGCCUACACCUACGAGAAGACCCUGGUGAUGGAACAACGGUCGCAGAUGCUCAAACAAAUCAACCUGUCCAAGACUGAGCGCGAGAGAGAGAUCCAGAGUAUCACCGAUUCAUCCCGCGGGUCGAUCCGCCGCAAGAACCCGGCCGCUGUGACCACCCAGCUGAGUGUCACCGAGGACCCGCCAGCAGCCAGCAAGGAGGAGAAGCCCGAGGAAGAGGUCCAGCUCAUCCACGACAGCACCACCCCAGCCAGCCCCGACACCCCGGCCACCCUGCUGACCCCCACAGAGGGGGCUCAGAGCCCCGGGGAGCAGGUCCAGAUGACCUGGACUGAGAAGUGUGACGGCGAACCAGCCAAGCCGAAGCCGGCCGGUGCAGCCGCACCGGAGGGCAUCAAAGACUUCUUCAACAUGAAGCCCGAGUGGGAGAACCUGAACCAGUUCAAUGUGCGGCGUAUGCACACAGCGCUCCGGCUGAAUGAAGUCAUCAUCAAAAAGUCCUCAGAGGCCAAGCUGGUCCUCCUCAACAUGCCCGGGCCGCCCAAGAACCGGACAGGUGACGAGAACUACAUGGAGUUCCUCGAGGUCCUCACUGACGGCCUCAACCGGGUCCUCCUGGUCCGCGGAGGCGGCCGCGAGGUCAUCACUAUCUACUCCUGA